AUGUCGGAUAAAGAGGCUUGCAAAUUGUGCAAGGACAAUCAGGGAAUUGAGGUGGACUUCCGUAAACCCGUGCUGAAGUCAACCAAAAAACUUCUGCUGCAACUCUUCGUUUGCUACAAAAUUGAUAUUUCGGACCUGGAAAAGAGCUUACGCGUUUGUAAGCCCUGUUUUGAAUCUGUGAUACACAUAAGCGAAUCCCUCAAGAAAUGGAGAAAUGCCCAGAUAAAGCUUAGAGAAAAAGCCAGGAAUAUAAGCCGCUCAAAAGCGUUGUAUGAUUUUUUCGCCGAUGAUAAUGAUCCAGAGACUGAGUCCUUAGAAGCACCCCAAAGUGUGGCCUUCGAGAGACCCCAAGAGGAUAUAGAGAAUGUUCAUGUGAAGGUUGAGACAUUAGUCGCGGAAAAUGGUGAUAAUUUCCUAUCAACAGGUGAUAGGGAAGUUCUAGAGGAGGAAUACCCACAACCUCUUCCGGGAAAAAUAGAACCUCUGGAUAUAGAAGACAUCUUGGCGGUUCACGUCCCAUUAAAGUCCCCACCAGCAAAAGAAACAGAACAAGAUGCAGAACCGCGACCUCAAAGUGAAAACACUCUGGAUAUGGACGACCUCUUGGCGGUUCGCAUCAGGCUAAAGAGCCCUGUAACAGAUGACAAGGAAAACUCAGGGGAGGAUAGCUUAGAACCAGCCCAAAAGAUCCUUUGCUUCGACACUUUAGAUAUUGACGAUUCCAAGGCAUUUCAGAAAGAGUUGGACUUGUCAACCUGGGAAAAUGGCGCAGAAGCUUUGGAAGAAGAUACUAGAGAAGUUCUAGAGAGGGAAUCCUUACGACCAGCCCAAAACGAUGAUACAGUAGUUCCAGAGGUGGAAUCUUCAGACCCGCUACCUGAAAUUAUUGAUUUACUUCCGGACGAGAGCACCGACAACCUCGAUAUAGACGACGCCCUGGCGGUUCACGUCGAUUUGAUGGCUGCUGCUGCGAAAAAUACACAUAAAGAUGAACUUGUGGAAACGGAAGAAGCUGAAGUAUUCUGUGUGGGCCUCCGACAAGACGGUCUGAAAAUAGUAGAACUGUUCAAGGACAAAUUUGGUGUCGUCCAGUUUUUGUGCAGCUGCUGCGAUCACGUCUUCGCAAACGUAAGUCUUGUUAAGAAGCACAAUGACUUUGAGCGAAAAAAUCCGGUUUACGUGUGUCACGACUGCAGUGCCUGCUUUGCGAAUUACACGGAAUUAUUCGAGCACCGGGACACGAGAAACCAUGCCAAGCGAAGCUUAAGGGAAAUGGAAUAUCGCUGCCUGAAGUGCGGAAUGAUGUUCCUAAAUGUUAGCCUGGCCCAACGCCACGAGAAAAGUGUCCACACUUGCAUCAAGUUCAAACCAGACUACGAUCGGAACAUUCAGGGUCUCAAGAGGGCCAAACCGCAGCGUUACUACAUCUGUAAUUACCUAACAUGCAGGCUUAAGUUUUCGGACCAGAAACAUUUCGAUCGGCACAUGGAAGGCCAUAGUGUUGAUAAUCACAUGGCGAUGAUACGGCAAAGGAGGAGGAAACAAUUCAUUCUGCAAAAGCAAAAGGACCGAAGUCGGAGACAGGAGCAAAAUAAACUCGAACAAGUUGGUGACUUCAUUAUUCACCACCUGGACUCAAACUAAUAAAGUAAAAUAAAAAAUUU